AAGAGAGGGAGAAGGCAGCCACUCGAAAAUGUCGGCUGAGUGUCGGUGGCGGCAGCGGUGUUGGUCGCGCGGCUGACUGCUCGCCUCUCUCUCUCGUCGUAGCUUCUGGUGUGGUUAUUUUCUGUGCCUAUGUGUAUGCUCGUGUGUAUGUGCUCCAUCAUCGAAAAACUGGAUCAUCGGUUGCUUCAACAUUCUAUCGUCAUCGAAAUCUCAUUGCCGCUGAAAACCUUUGAACAUUAUCAUCGAUAGCCCGAAGAACAAACCGGCUGCUCUGCUUCUGCGCGCACACUCCAAGGCCAUCGAAGCUCAGCUGGUCUUUCGCGAUAAAGAUAGAGUGUGUGCGAGAGAGAGAGAGAGAAGGAGGGAGAGAGAGAGAGAGAGCCAGAUAGUGGUGCACGCAUGGAGCCUGAUCACCGCUAGGCAUUCCACGGCGCGGCAUUAUGAAUUAUUGAUUGGACGUGUGGUGAAAAGAAAGAGAAAGAGAAGCAACAACACCAUGGCAUCUCGCAGAUGGUUUCAUCCGAACAUCACGGGUCUCGAGGCAGAACGAUUGUUGUUGGAACGAGGCUUCGACAGUUCCUUCCUUGCCAGGCCUAGUUCAUCGAAUCCCGGUGACUUCACUUUAUCUGUCAGGCGUAAUGGCGAAGUAACGCACAUAAAGAUCCAGAACACCGGUGACUUUUACGACCUAUAUGGAGGUGAGAAGUUCGCCACGCUGUCAGAACUGGUGCAAUUUUAUAUGGAAAACGGCGGGCAGUUGCGCGAGAAGAACGGCGAGAUAAUCGAGCUGAAGUAUCCGCUUAACUGCGCCGAUCCAACGACUGAGAGGUGGUUUCACGGCCACUUGUCGGCCAAAGAGGCUGAAAGACUGAUGCUGGAGCGCGGCAAGAACGGCUCGUUUCUCGUGCGAGAAUCACAGAGUAAACCCGGCGACUUCGUCUUGUCCGCGCGCACCGAUGAUCGCGUCACUCAUGUGAUGAUUAGAUCUCAGGACAAUAAAUACGACGUGGGUGGAGGUGACCAAUUUGACAGUCUUAGUGACCUGAUCGAGUAUUAUAAGAGAAAUCCAAUGGUUGAAACAAGUGGAAGCGUCGUGCAUUUGCGACAACCAUUCAACGCGACUAGAAUAAAUGCGAGCGGCAUCGAGAGCCGAGUUCGCCAACUACACAAGGAAAACGGCUGCUCGAAUGGUUGGCUUUGCUGGAACGGUGCAAAUGGCGAGGAUGAGGGUACUGAGUCAGGUAAAGGAAAAGCUGGCUUCUGGGAGGAGUUCGAAUCACUACAACAACUCGAAUGCCGACACUUGUUCUCCAGAAAGGAAGGUCUUCGUCCGGAAAAUAGAGCCAAGAAUCGAUACAAGAAUAUUUUACCGUUCGAUCACACGAGGGUAAAAUUAAAAGAUGUCGAUCCAAACAUACCGGGAUCUGACUAUAUCAAUGCAAAUUACAUCAAGAACGAAGAUGAGUCGGGGACAGUUGGGAAUGCAGACAGUGGAGCGUACAGCAAAUGUUACAUUGCCACGCAAGGCUGUUUACCAAAUACGAUUGCUGACUUCUGGCAUAUGGUUUACCAAGAGAACACUCGCGUUAUCGUUAUGACCACCAAGGAGAUGGAAAGGGGAAAGAAUAAGUGCGCACGUUAUUGGCCCGAAGAAGGCGAAACAAAGGAGUACAGCAACGAGUGGAAAGUCCGAGCGAUAAGUCGCACCUCCACGGCUGAUUACACGCUACGGGAGUUUAUACUGCAUGGUACUAAGUCCAACUUCAGUGAGCCACGACGUAUUUAUCAUUAUCAUUUCCAGGCAUGGCCUGAUCAUGGAGUGCCAGCAGAUCCAGGUUGCGUGCUGAAUUUCUUGCAUGACGUGAACGCUCGACAAGAAUCUAUUACUGGUGGUAAAUCGCCAAAUGGUCAAAACUCGAGCGUUGGUCCUAUACUCGUACAUUGCAGUGCUGGUAUUGGGCGAACUGGUACCUUCAUUGUUAUCGAUAUGAUUUUAGAUCAGAUAAAGAGACACGGACUCGAUUGUGAAAUUGAUAUUCAGAGAACUAUUCAAAGGGUACGUUCUCAAAGAUCAGGAAUGGUGCAGACUGAAGCACAAUACAAAUUUGUUUAUCUCGCUGUUUUGCACUAUAUCGAAACAGUUUCUCAACGAAUGCAGGCUGAACAGAAGUCACUUCAACUUGGACGGGAAUAUACUAAUAUUAGGUACAAGAGUGAGGGCAUAAAUACAAGUGAGACACCUUUAUCAACUCCAAAUCCAGCCUCGGUUUCGACGACGAGCUUCAUUCUUCCCACACCAACUAGACCGAAGUAAACUUUUUUGGUGCUCGCAAGUGUAUCUGUUCUUGAAGUCAAACAAAAAGAAUCUACAACUAUUAGUUAAGCGCUGUUUUUCAUAGGGGCCUAAAAUCUAACUCUAUAGAGGCACAACACAUUUACGUAUUGGAAAAAAGUAAAAAAAAUACUGAAAGCCAGUGAUUGACACUAUGGCUGGAAACAAAGACCCGGAAGAAUAUUACAAGUUCGGGCCUAAAUUUUUGUCAUGAAGUGAUAAGUUAUUUUUUCUUUUUAUACUCGAAUGGUAUUAUAGCUGAUUCCGAUGAGCUUUCUUUGCGUACGUAUUGUUCGUUCUAAUUGAUAUGAUGGAAAAGUGUCUGUGACAAAGUUACGUAAGAAAUGCCUUGUUUUUUGGAAGUAAAAGGCGAAGGAGUAACAUUUUUUUAAAUUUAAGUAUAAAGAGGAAAGGGACGAUGUUAUGUUCAUUUUUUCGUAACCUCCGUGUUUCCCGAGAAUUUAGUAUAAUGACUAUGUGGACUUCCCUAGUUAGAAAAUUACAUUGAGAACAUUAGGAUUUUAUAAUGAAUUUAAAAAAAUUGUUUUUUAGUUAUGCUACACUAGAUGAUUAACUUACUUAGCAGAACAAACAUUUCAAAUGUGUAUUGAUUAUUUAGAGAACGCAUUUAACUAAAGAUCUGUAAUAGUCUUGUUGAAUUUUCGUCUGUUGAUUAAGUUCUACAAAAUUAAGACGAUAUAUCAUCUUAAAUGUUACCUGAAACUACAGCAUGUACAUUGCAAUUUCCGUUUUUCAUCCAAAUAGCAUACGAAAAAUACCUAUUAGCGUUAACCAAAAAAACCUACAAGAGGUAAUUAAUGUUUAUAAGUGGUUUUCAGUAAAAUAUUCUAUCCAGGGUUGAUCUUGCAUGUGGUCGCAUAAUAUAUUAAAAAUAUCGUAUAAAUAAAUAUUAUGUAUAUAUAUAUAUGUAUACACACAAACAUAUAUAUGUAUAUGUAUAAAUAUUUAUAUAUAUAAUUUAUAUGAAGUGAUCGCACUGAGGUAAAGUUCAGAACAUUGCACUUCUCGAUGAACAGUCGUUGCAAUGAGCCUUUUGGAAGCUGUGAAGAUUAUAGCACGUCGCUGGCGCACACUGUCACACCAGUGAUCGUGAAAAUCAAACAAAAAAAUACAAAAAUAAGAAAAAAGAAACAAAAAAAAUACAAUGAAAAAUAAUUAACGAGAGAGGAUUAAUAGUUUUUAGAACGAAGAGUGGACGAUUGCUCUUUCGAAAAUAGCACAUCGUAACAAACGUUGGAAUUCGUUAAAGAAUAAUUAUAAUAAAGCCAAAAAUGUACAAUUAAUAUUUGCAAAGUAUCUUCUAAGACAUUGCAUCAAGUACUUUUAAAAUCUUGGAAAACGUACUGCUUUUUCGCAAUGUUAUUUCAUAUUAAACUAUUGCGAUUUUACUUAUUCAAAGGUAUUUUACUUUUAGAUUGUUAUUCUACUAUUGAAAUAGCAAGUUUUUUAAAUUCAGUAAAAAACAUUUUAUAAAUCUAUUUUAGUAAUAACUACUCAUUGAUAUUUUUUUCAAGAUUUUAAAAAUUAUUUUGCACAAAUGAUCGUGGAUAAAAAUAAAUGAAAAAUGUUAUUACAUCAACGAUGUCUUUUGCAAGUAUACAUAGCAGUCUUUAUUCGUUUAGGAACUAAAAAUAUUCUAUUCUUUUAUAUUCUAGUUUGGAAAAAAUCUUGUUAUAUUUUUACUUUGUAGAAACCAUGAUGUUUACAAUCUAUUUAUUAUUUUUUAAGUUCGUGCC